AUGUGCCGCUUAAUAUCGAACGAACACUACCUCGCCUGCAGCCACAUAGUACCCUGCCACCUCAGACACCCAGUACAACGCUGCCAUGCGCCCAACGGCAUCCGUUUCCGCAACCCAGACCCAAAGCGCGAGCCCGACAGGAUACCGAGCUGGACCUGUUCUGAAGAAAGCUGGGUGACUGCCACCAUAGACAUGUUCGGGUCCUGUCCUGCCUGUGUCGAGGAGAGGGGGCGCAGAAGACGGCUGUUCAAGCGGCUCAACGAGAUACGGGAGCGAGGUAGUGGACGGUGGACAAUGCAUGAGAAGGCCGUGGGGACGAUCAAGAUGUAUUCCUGCGGUCAUCAGCAGGUGUAUAUGAGGCCCGAUGAGCUGCAGAGUUGCUUCUCGCCGUGUUUGCCUGUAGCUGGCGACGGACGUAUCUACCGUGUCUCCGAGGUUGUUCAUGGCAUAUCCGGGCCCAGAGAUAUCUAUCAAGCGUGCCAGGGCGGUGGCGGUGGAGACGGUCAAGACGACGAGGAACAGGCUAUAGAAGAUGAAACAUCAUCGUCAUCGUCCAGCACUCUCCGUGAAGAUACGGUCUUUUCGUGGCGACGGUGGGAACAGCUGCCUCUCAGCUGCGAAACGAGCACGAUCGCAUGUCCCGACUGUCGACGGCGGGCUUCUCUCGUCCGUGAACUUGCCCACCGCGGGCUGGCGAGGCGCAAACCUCCCUUGUUGCUGAUAUUGUCCAAAGAUGCUGAGAAGAUAGAUGAAAAAUGUGGGAUGAAGCCCUAA